AUGACCGAGGAACUGUGUAAAAAGAUCGAAAAUGAUGAGUUCUACAAAAACUUCCUGGCCGAUAAACCGAGCCCCGAGCUGCAGCUUACGGUGGCGAUCAGUGACCAGAUCGGUAAGCUUUCGGAAGGCAUCGAACAGUUGUCCACCGCCCUGCAGAAGCAAGUCCGCGAACAAUACGGCGCUCUGAUAUCGCAGGCAAAACAUGCCGGUACACUGAACUCCUCCAUCGAGUCCAUUUCGAGUCACAUCGAGACGCUUCAGUUCGGAGCGGAACGGCUACGGCGACAGAUUACCGUUCCGUACGAAAAGCUCGAAAUGCAAACGAAGGUGCUGGGUCGGUUGCAUGAAGCGUCCCACGUAUUGCGUCAAUGUGCCCGCUUUCUGCAAGUUCACAAGGAACUGGAACGAACCAACGAACUGGCCGAGCAAGCGAGCAUCGUGAACGAACUGGAAGGCCUGAUGGAGGACGUGGAUCUGACAAAGAUUGUCUUCCUGCGCACCGAAAUAGGCACCGUGACGAAGGCCAAACAGCGGCUGCUGAAGGUGGCCAAUCGUGAUCUGUUUGAGGGCAUACUGAAAAACAAACACGAUCAAGUAGAUGUGUGUUUGCGGAUUUUUCACAACCUAAAAAUACUACCCAAAUGUCUUAACAAUGUACUGGAAACGUUCAGCACUUACCUGCGUGAUGCGAUCAAGGAAUCGUUUGCCGGUACGGACGUGGCCAAGCUGCGCAAAACGGGAGCUUCUUCGCCAGCGAAGGAACGGCACGAAUCGAAACAGAUGAAGGGUCCGGGAAAAGCACCGGCCCUGACGAAUUCUUCCAACUUCCGCAACAAACUGUGGCAAGCACUGGAGUGGCUGUUUCUGGACGAAAUGUAUGGCCACUGCACGCAGGUGCUGUUCCUUCAAAAGUGUCUACUCGAACUUCCGCUCGGUGAAGAGUACACGCUGGCCAAAGAGUUCGAUCGUCAGUUUUGGAACAACUCGGAACGGUUGUUGAUCAAAUCGUUCAAAUCCGCACAAUCACACGUCACGCAAACGCUCCAGCAGGGUCUGCCGAAGCUACUGUCGCUCGCCCGUGGACUGGAAACGAAGGUUACGCAACACUUUACGUUCGAUGAGAAGGUUUUCAACUCGCUGGAGGCCGGAUACCUGGAGAAGUGUGCCAACAACUUCAAAGUAGCCCUGGCCGAUGUGGACUUUCCCAAUCAGGAAGUAAUCGAUGGGCUGAUGCGUGUCGCUUCGACGGAGCUGAACGCUGCCAUCGUCGAUCCUCGCCUGAUCGAUCUGGUGACCGGUGUGCUGUGCGUAUCCAAUAAGGAUCUAUGGAACAAGAUCGAGCGGAAUGUAAAGCUAGGUUCGGAGACACAGCAGGUGCUUGAUAACCCAAACGUUUCGCAAUCGCAGAACAUCACGCUCGCAAACAUUAUUUUCUAUCACCACGAGGCGGUGAACCGUUUGGUGGUCAAUCUGGGACCAAAGUUCGCUGGCAUCGAGGCUUCUAAGCGAUUGAAGUCAAGCUUGAUCGAAGGAAAGACCAUCACAACGGCCAUUCUACAACCUUUAAUCGCUUCGAUCCACUCGGCCGUAAACGUUAUUCUUUUGUCCAUGCACCGCGAACCAGGACUCAGUACGGCAAACAUUUCCACCGCGGGCCCUUCGCUGUACAUGAAAGAGCUGCAGGAUUUCCUGAUUCGUUCGUGGAGCACACACAUUCUGCCGUUCAACGACCGUACGAUAAUUGAAGAAGCCGGUCAAAACCUGGCCAUUCGAUGUAUCGAGUUGUUCGUGCAGAAUCUGGCCAUCAUUCGGCCCAUUUCUUUCGCGGGCCGUCAACGUCUCAAAGCCGACUGUCACCAUUUGGAAGGGGCGCUAAAACCCAUCGUCGCCGAUCUGUCUUCGUUGGGCAAAAGUUUUCGGCUGUUGCGGGCGAUCGCUUCACUGUCCACCGUCACACCGCAAGAGCUGGUGGAACAGACGGCUGAUGCGGGCGGUGUUGUUCCGCCGUACAUUGUGCUUUUUAUGUUGUUCGGAUACGCCGGUAGCGAUAUGGCAAGUCCACAUACUACGGCCGGCUGGAGCAACGAAAAGCUCCUGCAGUGGCUCGAAAGCCACACAUCCGAGCGCGAUCGGUUGGAACUGAUCACCGGUGCAUUGCAAAAGUACCGCAGCGUUGUCCGGCAGAAGAACAUAACCCAGUACGAUCCCAUCUUUCCGAUCUUGACUAACUACUUAGAGAAUGUGAAUAAACCAUAA